AGAAGAAGACCAAUGUAGCUGCUGAAAGGCUAAUGUGUUCAGCCACAAUAAACAACACUCGGCCCGUUGUUACUGAUUAUUUCCCCUAUUGCCAGGUUAUCUAACGUUAGACCUCGACACACUCAUUCAAAUGGAGGCUAACUUCCGUUAGCUAACGUUUCAGGACAACCACAGUCAUCACUUUUAGAUCUAUCUUAGUUUCUAAUAUCUUGCCGUGAUGGCAUCAGACGAAGAAAUCAACUUGCUGGUCAUCGUUGUGGAUGUAAAUCCGAUCUGGUGGGGGCAGCAAGCUCAACGUGACACCGAGCUGAGCCUGUCGAAGUGUCUGGAUGCAGUCAUGGUGUUGGGGAACUCCUACAUGGCCAUGGCGAGGACGAGCAAGCUGGCUGUGAUCGCGAGCCACUGUGAAGACAGUCAUUUUCUGUAUCCCGGUAAGAGCUGGAGAACGGGGGACAGCAGCGGGGAUGAUGCGUACUCCAGUGGGGAUGGAAAAUAUGAACUCCUGGCAGUUGCCAAUAACAUUAUUGUUGAUGAGAUCAGGAAGGUCAUGUCAAAAACUGAAGUGAGGGGAAAUUCAACUGACACUUUGUUGGCUGGAACCCUUGCCAAAGCUCUGUGUUAUAUUCACAGGGUGUCAAAAGAGCUUGAAGUUGGACAGGAGAUAAAGUCCAGAAUAUUGGUCAUUAAAGCAGCCGAGGACUGUGCUCGUCAGUACAUGAACUUCAUGAAUGUCAUUUUUGCUGCCCAAAAGCAGAACAUCCUGAUUGAUGCCUGUGUUUUGGACUCAGACUCUGGUCUCCUUCAGCAGGCUUGCGAUAUAACUGGAGGAUUGUACCUCAAGAUACCACAGAAAGUUGCUCUGGCGCAGUACCUUUUGUGGGUGUUCCUGCCUGACUCUGAGCAGCGCUCUCAGCUGGUGUUGCCCCCCCCUGCACACGUGGACUACAGAGCUGCGUGUUUCUGCCACCGUAACCUCAUUGAGAUCGGCUAUGUGUGCUCGGUUUGUCUGUCAAUAUUCUGCAACUUCAGCCCCAUCUGCACAACUUGCGAAACUGCGUUCAAAAUCCAACUACCACAGAUGAUCAAGCCCAAAAAGAAGAAACUCAAGCAACCUACACUAAUGUAGUGAAUUCAGUUAGUUUCCUUUUUUAAGAGCAAAUUUUACCAUUUUGUUGGGUAUGCGUUUGUAACCGACUUCAGUGACAUCCUGGAAAUGUCUUUUAUGGGCAGUUGGACCAUGUGAAGUGUCUGCACAUUAUACGUAUGCUGAAUCUGUUCUCUAUAAAUAACCAUUCAUUCUCUUCAAGAAGUUAAACUCCAUCCAUCAAAUAUUCCUUUCCAGAAAAGUUUAUUCAAUAAAUAUAAAUGCAGAUAUGGAACAUACGCAACACACGUAUGGUUAGUUUAGCAUUUUCUUGGUCUGUGUGACUUGUUUUGUUUACAUUGAUACUGAAAUAAUUAUACACAAGAUUAGCUGUUUAUAAGUUAAGACCAUUUCCUCCACCUAUUGUAAAUGAGGUUAUUGCUUUUUAUGUCAUUUUUGUGACGUACACUUUUGUAUAAUAAAAUUAAAACAUUG